AUGGGUUUCCUCGGUACAAUCGCAGUCCUCGACAUCAACUACGACGGAACCUACACCGAGCAGGCUGCCGAGCCCAGCCUGGUCAUCACCUGUGAGGACAGCAAGGCCACCGUCGCCCAAUGGAGUUUCCUCGCCAAGUACAUUCUUGCUGGACACGAAGACGGCAGCGUCAGCCAGUACGAUCCCAAGACCGGAGAUAUCGUCGAAAACAUCCAGAUCCACGAAUUCGACUCCGCAAUCACCGAUCUCCAGAUGUCCCCUGACAGGCUCAGCUUCAUCACCGCCUCCAAGGACAAGUCAGCCAAGCUCAUCUCCGCCCGCAACCUCGCCAUCCUCAAAACCUACACCACCGACACCCCCCUCAACACCGCAAGCAUCACACCAAAGAAGAGCUUCGUGAUUCUGGGUGGUGGUCAAGCCGCCAUGGAUGUCACCACAACCUCCGCCCGCCAAGGAAAGUUCGAGGCCCGUUUCUGGCACUCCAUUGUCGGCGAGGAAGUCGGCCGUGUCAAGGGUCACUUCGGUCCCCUCAACACGAUCGAUGUCCACCCUGCAGGCACCGCAUACGCCUCCGGUGGUGAGGACGGUUACGUUCGCGUCCACCACUUCGACAAGUCAUACUUCGAUUUCUUGUACGAGGUUGAGCGGGAGCACCUGCGCGAGCAGGCACGGAAGUAA